UCCCGCAGUUAUUAAUGUCAUAAAAAUUCAAAUUUCAACUCCAACCAUUCGUUAAGCACACUCUUCAAUUAUCAUCUUAAUGACAUCCGACGAAUUAAGGUUAGUUUCCGUUCCGUAUGUCGCGGAAUAACCUCGUUUUUCGGGUCACGUCACAUCCACACAACAGGCCAGUCGUUGUGAAACAAGACCAAUAUUGCGAACUAUAGUUGAGCAUGGAGGAUUCGCGACAGGACUUUCAGCGUAUUUCGCGGUAUGAUAUUGUGUUGGCGGUCCUAUAUGGCGUUGUUAUAAUAGCGGGUAUUUUCGGCAAUUCGCUUGUCAUUGCCGUGGUUUGGAAAACGCGCACAAUGCACACGGCUACGAACUAUCUGCUUGUGAACUUGGCGUCUAGCGAUAUUCUCGUUUUGUUAUGGUGUCCUCGCACUUACGAUUUCGUUGUCACUGGAUCGCUUCCCAAAGGCAUAACAGGCGACUACUUGUGCAGAUUUUUUAUUGCUGAUCCAAUGGAUAUUUUAUGUCUUGGAGUUACAUUAUUUACACUGACUGUACUAGCUGUAGAGCGGUAUCAAGCGCUCGUAACACCCCUAAGCACCAAAUAUAAGCUUAACAAGAAGAGUGUGAUGUACGCUAUUGCUACAACUUGGAUUGCUUCUUUACUUAUAAGUAUUCCAGACUUUAUUUUCACUCACGUCGAUGGCAAUCGUGGAAAAUGUGUUUCACCCUUGGGACCUGAAGUGGACGUUGGUAGCGACAAAACUUAUGUUGUAAUUGCAGUCAGUUUGUACAUCUUCAUACCGUUCCUAGUCAUCACAUAUUGUUACUGUCAGAUAUUGCGAGGAAUGUUUAUCACUCAAACCAUUUGCGCAGGACCAGCAAACGUGAAUUCGGAGAAACGAAAACUUGCCGUUCUCAUUAUUGCUGUAACAGUUGUGUUUUAUAUCUUAUUUUUGCCUUUUGCGAUAUGUAUGCUGCACGUCGCUUUCACAAACCGCUUAGCUAAAGAGUAUACAGAGAAUGAAAGUAACGUAGAAGUGCUGAAAGUUUUAAGCUUUCUCAUUGUUGCCAACAGUUCUCUAAAUCCUGUACUAUAUGCUUUUCAAAGCGAGAAUUACCGGAAAGGCUUUAGAGGUUUGUUCUGCCCUAAGAACUCUGUCGGCCAAAUGCAAAAUUACCCUCUCGGGUGAGAGAUAAUCAAGCGCGAUAAUCAACUGCGGGAUGAAGAUGAAGUUGUCUUCAAGUGCGAUUUGCGAUGGAAUUUGUCAGAUUCAAUUCCUCUGGAUUUCAUCAUCAGCGAGAAAAGUUAUAUUAGUGAGCGGCAGUUUGAAAAGGAGUCGGGAACAUUCUGAAGUGUCAAUGUAC